GUGUAAAUAAUACUAGUGUGUGUUUGCCAAGUGGCAGCUCUCUCGCAGCUGUCAAAUUGGAAAUUGUCAAUGUAGCCACUUUGCGUUUUUCUCAUGACGUGUCGGCGAGCUUAGUUUUGAUAAUACAAAUAAUCCAAGCUCUAGAGUAAUUUAUUACAAAAAAUAAUAUGCGCAACCAACUCAUCUGCCUGGCACUGAUGCUGUGCGCGUUACACAGCGCUAGCGGUUUGUACUUCCACAUAUCGGAAACGGAGCGCAAAUGCUUUAUCGAGGAGGUGCCCGAUGAGACGACUGUGAUUGUUAACUACAAGGUGGAGCUGUAUGAUCCGCGCUCCAAUGGCUUCAUGCCCUCUUCCCCGGGCAUUGGCAUGCAUGUGGAGGUGCGCGACAGUGAUGACAAGGUGAUUCUAUCGCGUGUUUACAGCUCGCAGGGACGCAUAUCGUUCACAUCGCACACGCCCGGAGAACAUGUGAUUUGCAUGUACUCCAACAGCACUGCCUGGUUCAAUGGCGCCCAGCUGCGCGUGCAUCUGGACAUACAGGUGGGCGAGCACGCCAUCGACUAUGCCAAUGUGGCGCAGAAGGAGAAGUUAACCGAGCUGCAGCUGCGCAUUCGCCAGCUCCUUGAUCAGGUCCAACAGAUCACCAAGGAGCAGAACUAUCAGCGUUAUCGCGAGGAGCGUUUCCGUCACACCAGCGAGAGCACAAAUUCGCGUGUGCUGUGGUGGUCGCUGGCGCAGACAGUCGUCCUCGUCUGCAUGGGUUUCUGGCAGAUGCGGCAUCUGAAGAGCUUCUUUGAGGCCAAAAAACUGGUGUGAGCUGGUGGGCACACAUUCAGCACAUUCAGGCGCUUAGUUACUGGUUGUUGGCCUUCAUCUCGUUCUCUAUGCAACCAAAUUUGUCAAUCGCGAAUUUCAUCGAUGUAUCAUCCAGAUCCGUUUUUAGUUUUAAUUGUCUAGUUUGGUUUCAUCUGUCGAACUAAAUACCUUUUCUGCAUAAUUUAAUAAAAAUCCAUUGUAAAAUACGAA